UGGGUGCUGGGAACUGAACCCGGGGUUUCCACACGGAGCCAACAUCUCCCCAGCCCCUCAGGAGAGGCGGAACUUCUCCAUAGACAGUCGCCCACUGCCACCACCUUGGGGAGGGCAGGACCUCUGUUCUGUGAGGAAGAGGACAAAAGGAGCAGCCUGAAUGGUAGGAGAGCAGAGCAGAAAGCAGGAAGAACGAGGGAGAAACAGGUGGCCUCGGGGACAGAGGUGCGGCAGGAAGGGCCGGGCGCUGACAACAUCCUCCCUCGGAGUUUCCCCACCUGGCCGGAAAGCUGCUCAGGAGCCCAGAGGCGUGCCAGCCCUGAACUGCCACGGGGGCGUGACGGAGAUGGUGAGGACCGUGUCGGCGCUGCCCCUGGAGUGGGAGUCCGAGAGGAAAGCUUGCCAGGCUGGCGAGGCUUGCCGAGAGCUGGUGCUGCUCCUGGAGAACGGACCCCAGGUUCACCUGGUUUCCAUCAAGGACUGUGCUAAGGCUGAGGACCAAGCGCCCCGGGUUACCUGGCUCAGUCCCGGCCCCGGGCUCUCCCUGGUCGCCUACACGCGCGUGUGCCGCCAUGGCGACUUCUGUAACGAUGUGUCCAGCACGGCGGCUCUUGGAGGCCUACCCAAAACGACAGGCCAAGGGACCCUGCGCUGCCCACUCUGCCUUUCCAAAAACGGGUGCGAGAAUGCCCCAGAACAGGUCUGCCCUGCGGGCACCACACACUGCUACAGCGGGGUCCUCAGCCUCAGGGGAGCGGCCAUGGCCUCCGAGCUGAGUGUUCAGGGCUGCAUGCCACAGGCUGGCUGCAGCCUGCUGGGUGGCGCCCAGGAAAUCGGACCCUUAGUUAUGAGGGAGAAGUGUGGUUCCUGGUCGGGGACAGUCACCCUGGGGCUCAAGCUUCCUGGACCACUUCCGGCCUCAUCCUCUCCCAUCAUCCCCUCUGACCUCCAGCAGCCUCGCUCCCCAGGAAAGAAAGUCCAGGAGCCAACCACCGGGGCUUCAGGGGGUCUGAAAUGCCAGCACGGGACGCUGCGGAAUGCCAAUGGAUUGUCAGAGCUGCCUCUCAGCUGGACAGCUGGCCAGACCACCUGUAACGUGGGUGAAGGCUGCCAGGACACGCUGAUGAUGAUAGAGAAUGGCGAGCAGGUGCUGCUAGUUCUCAGCAAGGGCUGCACUUCCGCUGAGGACCAAGAGGCCAAGGUCACUGAGCACAGGGCGGGCCCCGGGCUGUCCGUCACCUCCUACACCGCAGUGUGCCGCCGGGGGCACCUCUGCAAUGACCUGUCUUCCACAGCCCCUCUGUGGGCCCCGCCCCCCGUGACAGCACCGGGGACCCUGCGCUGCCCGCUCUGCCUGUCUGCCGGUUCCUGCUCUGGCCAGCCCGUGCAGGUCUGCCCUGCGGGCACCACACACUGCUACAGCGGGGUCCUCAGCUUCGGGGGAGAGGAGGUCUUCUCAGCGGAGAUCCUCUCAGAUGUGAAGAUUCAAGGCUGCAUGACGCAGCCAGGCUGCACCCUGCUCAAUGGCACGCGGAAGAUCGGGCCCGUGGAUGUGGGGGAGGCCUGCCAGGUCACCCGGACAGACACGCUGACCUGUCACAAGGGAGUCAUGUUGAAAUCAGGCAGCGGCUUGGCUGAGAAAGCUGAGGAGUGGGUUUCAUCCACUUUCCUGGAGUGUGAACCUGGGGAGCUGUGUCAGGAGACUCUCCUGCUCAUAGAUGUGGGACAACGUUCUGUCCUAAUAGGGAGCAAAGGCUGCAGCAGGCCAGUGGCCCGGCCCAGCCCUGGAGUGUCCCUGCACUCCCAGCACCCUGGAAUGCUGGUAGCUUCCUAUUUCCACUUCUGCUCCUCGCCACUGUGCAAUGCAGCCAGCAGCAGCAGCGUCCUGCUCAGCUCCCUCCCUCGGCCAGCCGCUCCUACCCCGGGAAGCCUGCAGUGUCCUGCCUGUGUGGAGUUAUUUGGGUCCUGCCCUCAGAACACCAGAGUUGUCACCUGCCCUCAGGGUGCCACUCACUGUUACCAAGGUGCCAUUGGUCUCCAGGGAGGUGGACUGACUUCUGGAGUGAGCAUUCGGGGGUGCAUGGCCUCACCCACUAGAUCCUUACUGGGCAACUCUAAAGCGUUCGGGAUCUUCUCUGCAGAGGAAACCCCUGAGGAUGGAGGUGCCAGUGAAGAUGCCAGUGAAGGUGCCAAAGGAGAGUCCAAAGGAGGUGCCUCGACCUCUUCGGCCUCUUCCCUGGCGUGGCUGUUAGGGCUGGGGCUCUUCUUAGCCCUUUGUUUGGAAGGCUUUGUCCUCUAUGCUGAACCCAUUUUCCUACCCUCCUUAAUCCCGGCUGGCCUCCCAUGUCCACCCUCCCCUGAUGUCACAACCUGAGGACCUCAGGCUGGCACUGUCACCCCUUGCUGCCCAGGUGUCCUCAUCCCUCACCCACACACCUGUGCCUCCAUGUUUAGAUACAGGAGCCUCUGAACUCAGCCUGCUCCAGAGAGGACAGCCUCACAGAGCCACACAUGGGAUAAUAAAGCCGCUGCUGUUUCUCCAAA